AUGCUCCCACUUUCCGCGCUCAUAAUUCUAGGGGUUGUUGGCACUUUCAGCACCCUGACGUUCUUGUUCGCGAUAUAUCACACAGUCAAAACCAGACUUGAAGCACGAAGACUACAGAGGGUUGGACCGGACAAUGACAUGUCUCGAUCACUGACAGAAACCGCAGUGUCCCCGGGAACCAUCGCAAGAUCUCAGACAUCAAUGCCAGAAGCACCGCCCUCGACACCAUCAAUCACGCAUCCCGGAACGCCGGAAGCAGAAUACCCGCCUCCUCUUCCACGAGAACUGGAGUUAAAAGAUAAUAUCAGUCGAGCGAGGACGCCAAAAUCGCCACUAUCCCCGAUGAUAAGGCGUCCCAAAAUGCCAGAUGUAGAGCACUCAACGCACUUACCUCGGGAGUGCAAGACUCAGGCGGAAGACUUCCUCCGAGCGGAAACACCUCCACCCCUGCCUCCGUCGAACAGGGACCGUCUUCCCAGAAUCCACAGAGACAGAGAUAGCAUGCACGAAAUAUACGAGAUAUACAGCAAAUUACCGCCGACCCCUAAGUCGGCUCCC